AUGGAGAACGACAUACCUACCAUCCAGGUCCCUGAUGGGCGAUCUUCGAGGAGAGACCGCCUUAUGGGCAAGCUGUUUGGUGCCAAAGACCGCAAAGGUGAAGAAGCGCGGUCCGCUGCCAAUGUCGAAUCAUUCCUCCACAGCUCCUCAGACAAUCUAACAAUCACAAACCCUCCCCCGCCUCCCCCGCCGUCGUCGCUUCCAAAGCUGGCCAAGCUCGAUACCACAUCCAUCUCUCGUUAUCCUCAAGCUUUAGGACUUAAUCAUGCAGCCCAGCAAAACCGUCCUCUCGUCGCAGGUCGACCUGAUACCACAAAGUCACCGAGACGAAGCCCACGGCCCAACAAGAAAGGUCUGACGGUUAGGUUUGAUGAUACUGCCCCCGAAAUAAUUGGCGAAGGAGGUGAUGAGUCCGAGAUACCUACUCAAGAGAUCUCGAAGCGCAAAGUAGCCCGUCCCAAGCAACAACCGCAACAACCGCAAGUAUCACAACCACCACAACCUCCUGCUCAUCGCAGAGCCCCAAUGCCACCAGGACGACCCCCUCCUCCUGAUUCAGCUGCUUCAGGCUCACCCGUAGACGAUUUCCGACCAAAGCCUUUGUCUCGAACCCAAACAGGCUUCUCGUCAAUUUACACUCCCGAUUCCGACGAAGAGUCUGAGGCUGGACUUGACCGUAAUUCUAAAUCAGACGAGCUGGCCUCACCUGUAUCUGCGCAGCAGCACUCACUUAGCCCAGGGAGACCAAUAGGCGCGAGGUUUUUGGGUCCAGCAGCAAGACAAGAUGAGAAUAGGAGGUCAUAUAUCGAGAUUCAUUCUGCACAGCAGCGAGAGGCAGAAGGCAGGGCCUUUGCUGAAGCUGCUCGGGUAGCCAGUGCUACCUCUGCAUCCUCACACAAUUGGGACGAUCCUCAUUCCGCCACGCCUCUUUCGUCUUCACCAGUUGAAUCUCGAAGACGAGGGCCCCCAUCUCCCGAAGCUCAGGCCUCGAAACCGAGCCUCGAGUACAGUCCUGCAGCUUCUCUCCAUUCCAACUCAUCCUCGUAUUCUCCUCCCGCGCCCCCAGCUGCAGUUCCAGCCUCUGCUCCUAGCUUAUCUGGGUCAGCCUCUGGGGCUCAGGCUCCAGCUCCCACUGCGGUUUCUGCAACCUCUACUCCAACCUCAGAAGUCAACCAAUUGUCGAGGCAACCGAGCAUCGCGCCGCAGCGUGCUCCUCCCAUGAUGGCUUCUAGAGCGUUGUCUGUAAGAGUCGCUGACGGUACUUCUGCCGCUGCUGAGCAAGCCCUUGAGACAUUCACCUCCAGGACAAGCCAUCUUUUUGAGCUCUUUCGCCUCCAUGCGGAAUCCGUGAAGCCUCUGUCGACCUGUUCAUUGAUUGAAUUCGGCCGUGGCGCACUAUGGUGGUUUCUCAAAGGUCGCAUGGGUUUGGAGGUCGCAAUCCGGGAAAGGCCCAAUUCCCCUCAGGGCCAGAUGCAAAACGACAGGGAUCGCCAGCAGGCAUAUGCUAAUUUGGCCAAAGCAUUCUGGCUUUGCGAGCUUGUAAUUCCAGAAAUUGCACAAGCGCAGGGGAUUGAAAUUGAUCCCGAAGUCGACGACGUGAGCACGAGUCUGGUCUCAGCGCUUAAGAAGCUGGCCAUGUCUAUGAAACGUAACGGCUUCUUGCCUCCUGAAGAUGCAUUUUUACCACAGAGCAUAGACAAGUCGAUAUGGGUUGAUUACCCACCUCUGAGCCAAGACAUGAUUGCUCUUCUUUCUGGCAACUGGGCUUCGGGUCUCACAGCGAUGACAAGCCCGAUGUCUAAGUUGAGGCUUCUUGAUUCUCUUCCUGUGGGCGAUACUACCGACAACUUUAACUAUGGCAGAGUGCCAGCUGAUGCCUAUCUUAUGGAACAAGGCCAUGAAGACCAAAAACUUUACUUUCCGUGUUUGCUCUCAAUGGUUCGUCCGCAGAAGUCUACCGGGCUUGUUUUCAUCCUCGCCAGUCAGAACGGUCACGUACAGCUUGUCAUUCAAGAGAAUAAGAAUGUUGGUCCAAUCUGGGACGAUGUGCGAUGGCGAAAGGAAACAUGCACAGUCGACAUUCGAUUACGACGUGGCUUCAUGUUGACCAUUCAACUUGUUCAGCAAGACUUUAGAACACUGUGGAACAUGUACGAUUUUGGAAGCAAGGUCAACAACUCCCUUUAUCCACGAAGUGAUGAGAGCAUGGUAUUCAGGUCAACAUUGCGGUCGUUCCAGGUCAUGGAUGCAGACCCCAACUAUCGUCAAUUCCCCAAAGAGCCGACACCGUAUUGUGAGAUCUCGCUUUUUGAGAAGCUUUACAAGGAGAACGGCCCCGCAGCUACUCGUACAUGGCAUCUUGGUUUCCGAAUCGCGGUGGUGACUGGACCAAAGACAAGGACACUGAGUGGUGUUCAACAUGUGUAUUCCCCAGCUCAGCCUGUACAGUUCGGAUUCUUUCGUGGUGAUGGCGAUGCUCCGUCUUUGGCUAUCAAGUAUGAGAAUGGCAAAUCCAAGGGACGCAUGGUGAUGGUGUUUAGUGAUGAUAAGGCAAGAAUCAAGUUUCACUCGAUUCUUACCGGAACCGCUCUGGAUCAUGACGAGAAGAUUUACUCAGACGUGCCACUCAAGAACUUCUCUGUGGCUCAAAGCCUCCGUGAACCCCUGGGUAUGGCUCCAUUCAGUCGCAUGCCUUGGAAGGCCGUGAGGGUGGUCAAUGAUGAGUAUGGCGGAGAGAUGCCCCCAACAGUACUGGCCGAUCACCUCAAAGUUGUAAUAGACUACCAGAAUGGUAAUGUUGCUGAUCGCAUCAAUGUGGCACCUGGGGAGUUACGUGUUAGGCUGGAAGUGAGCAACGCUAAAGUCUUUCGAGUUCUUCGGCAACCACAAAAAGACAUGACUAUCUCGGUCUCUGAGGCGCAGGUGCCGAAAGAGCUCCCCAGGAACAUGUCUGAUGCAUUGCAGCUGCUUCGACACAACCAAACGAUCCGAACGUUCGAGUUCAAUAAUUUGAAGGACCUGCACGAUUUCCAAUAUGCAAUGACGGGGUUCGAGGUGAUCUUCGAUGCCCUCGCAGUCACAUUUGCCAUCCAGCGACGUCGUAUGGUUGUACCAAUUCACAAAAAAUGGGAAGCAGGAUAUACCCGAAUCCAGGUUAUACGACAGGAAGACAAACAGUUACAGCUGCUGGCCUUCUUCGAGGACUUCCAUCACGGCCACUGCAUGAACUUCCUCUUGAAGGGGACCGACGUUUACGAAAGUGUACAACGAAGUAGCAAAUGUGGUAUCAAGUUUGUUGACGCCAAGUUCCCUCUACCACGACUACCAGCAGACAAAGACGGCGACUACGACGACAUGGCAUUUGUCUGCCUCGACCUCCCAGAUUUACCAGGCGAGCAUGAUGAUAUUUCCAUUUUGUUUGAGAACGAAUCAGACCGAGACGCGCUGGCGCAGUGCUUACCGGCACCAAUUAAAGGUUCAAAAAAGAAAUGA